UGGCGCAGCGAGGUCAGAUGCUGCUUUUGUGAUAGAAGCCAUAGUGCUGCUGCAAGAACCACCACAGAAUGUUUGAUCUUUCGAGGGUUCGGUACAAAUGCUCUCAAUCAUAACCUAAGGAGUUGUGACAUUUGGAGAUCGUCACAACUGUCAAAACAUCAGACGCUGUUCAGAGCCAGAAUGCGUUUCUGGCAGCAAUUCAGAGCGUGACAAUGGUCCGCGGUGACGGACUGGCAUAGGGGAACGCUUUAGAUUGGCUUAUAUAGCAGCUCAAGAAAGUGUGCCAGGCGUUAAACUUUGAAAAGAAGAUUGCAUCCAUCAUUUCGAAAGAUGGCUGAACAACAAGGCUCCCCUUACGGUCGCCUCCGAAGGGACAUGGGCCUCUUCAGUGCUGUUGCCGUGGUAGUGGGAAACUGCGUCGGGGCCGGCAUCUUCAUCACAUCGAGCAUUGUUUAUCAAGAGGCGGGUUCUGUUGGCGUCGACCUUCUCAUUUGGGUAGCUGCAGGGGUUGCCUCUCUAAUUCAUGGACUUUGCAUUGCCGAAAUGGGCACGAUGUUGCCAUCUGCUGGUGGGGCCUACGAAUACCUGAAAGUUGCCGUCGAGUCCCUAGGAAAAACAGGAGACGCGAUUUGUUUUGUGUACUCCUGGUGCUUCAUUCUGGUGGAUCCUAUCGGGGCGGCGCUACACGCGCUGACCUUCACAAGUUACUUUCUGGGACUUGUCUACGGGAGCUGCCCACCGCCGCAAUCGGUGACCGCGUUGGUUAGUAUUGCGGCAAUCGAACUGUCAGCCGUAGUCAACAUUUUUUCGCUACGGACGUCGAUGAAAUUACAGAACUAUAUCUUUAUUGUGAAGCUCUGUGUACUGAUUGCAAUCAUUGGAACGGGCAUCGUGUGGGCUUUUCAAGCGCCACUUCUGCUAGGCAAGUUCUCAUUCAGCGGACAAACGACGCCAAGAGGAGUCGUGGAAGCCUUCUCGGUGGCAAUGUUCAACGGUGCCGGAAGUACCCCGAUCUGCUGCAUGGCGGAGGAGAUGUCUGACCCUUGCCGAACAAUCCCGAGGGCCCUAUUGGGUGGCCUUUUCCUCGUUACUGCUCUGCACGUGUUAACCAAUAUGGCUUACUUCGUGGUCCUGGAUCCGGCGUGCAUGACCGCAACUGAAGCGACAGCCGCAACUUUUGCACGACUCACGUGGGGAACCGCAGGACAUUUUCUGGUGCCAAUCAUCGUCUGCGUCUGCACGUUCGGGACGAUGAGUUGCAGCUGCUUAACCAAUGUCCGUCUCUUUAUGGCAGCCGCACGCAACAAGCAUCUGCCGGAAGUGUUCUCUCUGAUAUCGAUCAAGAGUUCAAUUCCAGUUGUUUCCAUAUUCGGCAGGACGUGUAUAGCGAUGGCAUUUACAGUUACGGGCUCGGUGGGAUUCCUUGCCAAAAGCUUUAUGGCAUCUGUUUCUGUGAUGAAUGUGAUGUCAAUUUUAGCCAUGCUCAAGCUACGCAGGACCCUCAAGGACACAUCCAGAGGUAUCAGAGUUCCAACGUUCCUCAUAUUCUUAAACCUUGUCAUCUUGUUGACCCUUGUGGUCACACCAUUCCUGGGAAGAAGUCAUGUCAUGAAGUUUGUCGUGACGUUUGGCACCAUGAUGCUUGGUUUCCCCGCGUACUUUUUUUUCGGCGCAUUGAGUCAAACAACUACAGCAACGGCUCUCUUCCACUUUGUUCAGAAACUUUUUCAAUGUGUCCCAUGCGUGCCCUACAGGAGAUAAUGCGUGGCACCAAUAAAUGCAGCCGCAGUUAGUUACAGGAAAUACGGAUUGGUUGUCCCGUGCUCUCGCAAGCGCCCCGUUAUCUGUCCCGAGCAUCGAAUCAUAGCCAGAAACUAAGCUGCCAAGGAUUUUUCCAGCAAUGCGAUUCCAAGGGUUCUUCAAGUGAUGUGCACAGCUUAAGAAACUAAAGGCCUCAACUACUGAGCCACAGGCAAAGCAUUAAUAGUUGUAGUUUAUAUCUAGGCUGGAUGAAGCUCGGUGUUGCUCAAGAUAAUGUGUGCAAGGAAACAAAGGCUCAUGCAACAUGAAGCUUGUGGAAACUUUUCUAUUGUCAGAUGGUAUUGCUCCAAUACAACGACAAGUGAUCCGAGCCUGACACGUAUCAGUACUGUUCCACUAUUCGUCGCCUGCCAUUUUGGGCCAACAACACUCAGGCAAGGAAUGUGUCCCAUGUGCCUGACUCCUCUUGCAAGAGCAGAUGCUUGAAAACUGCUUGGCUGUGCCAUGAAAUGAGUCCUAUCAGGCUGGAGAUAGCAAAAAAAAACAAGAUUGAAACCACAUCUAGUGGGCAACUAGAACCAUUGGGGGGAGGACAACGAGAUUUCAGAGACAUUUCUACAGUUUUGGCAGGACGCCGAGCUGCGCACUUCUUUUUUGCAUUACGCAUUGCGGGUGAUUUUCUGCACUAAUGUUCUGUCAAGAAUUGAGUUGAUAAUACGACACAAUAGGCAGCUGUGCAAAGAACUCUAGCACAAUAGUGCUCUUUGUCCCUUUACUCAACAUGCACACAGUAUAAGGUCCCUACUGGCUAAUGCAAAUCAUCGCGACCUGUGAAUGACUUGAGCAGUAGCUAGUUGAGGGUUUAUGACAAGGCAACUUUACCAAAAAAACACAGCAGCUUAUGGAACGCUUAGCGCAGCUGUGAAAGUGAUUUCUUUAUAGGCACAACCACAUUUCUUUAGUGAUGAAUAAUAAACCUGGAUCAUAUUUCAGAAAUAUAGGUGAGCGAAAAAUCUCUCCGCAUCGCAGUAACGUACGAAUAAUUUGUGAAUAA